CGAUCAGURCGAUUAUAAACGCAGCKAGAACGGGGGUACUUCAUCCGUCGCUUAUAACRCCACGGGAACUUGCAAAACAUCUAACUGAAAUUAAGUUAGUUUUACCACUCAAUUUUAAUUUACCAAUGGGUACAAAACCGAGCGAGAUAUAUGAACUAAGCAAAAUUACUAAAAUGGCAGUUUUUUAUAGCGGUAAUCAAAUAGYUUUUYUAAUUAGAAUACCUUUGAUCACGGAAAUAGAAUUAACAUUAUACAGGAUUUUACCUAUACCACGCCCGAUAGAAACACAAUUAAACGGAAAUUUAGAUUAUAAGCACAGUGUCAUUCUAAAACCAGAAUUCCAAUACAUCGGUAUUACUGGAAAUCGUAGGCAAUACACCACGUUUACGGAAACGCAAUUACUUCAAUGUAGGGAAACCGAAGUUUUUACAAUUUGUCCAGAAUUUCAACUUAUCCAACAUGAGUCGGAAAACCAACCAUGUGAAAUAACGUUAUUUAAAAAUCCGGACACUCUACCAAGCUCAUGCGAGGCAGGUAUUAUCAUAUUAUCUAAAAACAUAUUUCAUAAAUUAAAAUAYGCAAAUGCAUGGAUYUAUACAASUAGUGGGGAAACCUUAACAAUAACAUGCCAAGGAAAUAGAGAGCCAUAUAYAGUAAAGCUAMAACAUCARGGGYUAAUCAAACUAAAUCAAGACUGUAGKGCAUAUGCCGAAGAUAUCAUAUUGAAUCCAACAAGAGACAUUAAAUCUAAAUACUACGUUAACUUUAUACCACGAGUAGGGGAAGGGAAGUUGGUAGCAACGCUUCCUAGGCAAAUUAAAAACUUGAAUCUACCUAAUAUAARGACCAGRCAUGAUUCACAUAAAUUAGAUAACGUAAACGAUUUAACACAUUCUUUAGACGACGUACAAAGUAUGAUYGAUKACGAAAUAUUUAGGCAAUCGGGACAUGUGACCGAUAAUGAAAAUAAUUAUUACUUGAUAUAUAUAAUAAUAGGAUUGAUGAACUUUGCGACAAUACUAUUGUUAUUUAUAUGUAUAUAA